AUGCCCCCCGCCCGUCUCGUCCGUCCCGUCGGGUUUUCCGCGGUCGGUCGGUCUGCGGGAUGGAGGAGCGGGCCUGGGUGGGGCGGGAGGCCCUGCUGUGGGCGGCGCUGCUCGGCCUGUUCGCCGCCUCGCUGCUGACCGUGUCCGCCUGGCUCCUGCAGUACGGCCGGGCCCUGGGCCGGAGGAGCCGGCGGCGGCGGCGGGGCCCGUCGGGGGGGGUCCCGUCGGAGGGGGUCCCGCCGCCGGGGGGGGGCCCGUCGGGGGGCGUCUGGGGCCCGGCCGCCUCCCUGGCCGCCUUCCGCUCCUUCCGGGCCCAGUGGCAGCACGCCUGGGUGCGGGCCCUCAACGAGCAGGCCUGCAGGGACCGGAGCUCCGUUCAGAUCGUCUUCGAGGAGUCAACCUGGCUGCCGCCCAAUGCCCGGGUCACUCAGGUGACGUGCACGGACCAGUCGGAGUCCAGCAUGGUGCUGCGGUGCCAGCUGUCCGCCGAGGAGGUGCGGUUCCCGGUGUCCGUGACCCAGCAGUCCCCGGCCGCCGUCUCCAUGGAAACGUACAGCGUCACCCUGGCGCUGACCGGUGCCCAGCUAGAGGUCAGUUUGGAGGAGAUCCCUGGCGAGGGGCUGCUGGUGUCCUGGGCCUUCCCCGUCCGGCCCGAGCUGAGCGUCACGGCCGUGCCCAGGCUGCAGGCGCGGGAGAGGAGCGAGGGGCACGUGGAGCCGUCCACCAUCGAGGCCCUGAUCGAGGACGCCGUGGUCAGCACGCAGCCCGCCAUGAUGGUCAACCUGCGGGCCUGCCCGGUGCCGGGCGGCUCGGUGCCCUGUGAGAAGCCGCCCCCGGCCUCCCCCGGCCGCCCGCCCCCCCCGGGCCCUGCCCGGCUGCUGCUCCGACAGCUGAAGGCCACCAACGUGGGCGCCGACAUGGGAGGUGGAGGGGAGCUGUGCUGCGUGGCCGAACUGGACGACCCCCCGCAGCGGAAGCGGACCAAACCGGCCCGGGCCGGCCCGGAUGUGGAGUGGCCGGAGGAGCUGGCCCUGGAGCUGGGGGCCCGGAGCCGCUCGCUGACGCUGAAGGUCCUGAGCCCCGACGGCGUCGGAGACGCUGGCAUCCUGGGCCACGCCACCCUGCAGGUGGGCUCCGCUUCCCGCCGCCAGCUCUGCACCUUGACCCCCGGGCCGGGUCGGCCCCCGGGAGGCCCGGCUUCCACGCUGGCGUUGGAGCUGAGGUACGAGGAAGGGCCGCGGCCCCCGGGCCCCCCGGCCCUCGCCGCCCCCCGCCCCAGCAUCACCCCCACCAAGAGGGUCGAGCUCGAUCGGACCAUCAUGCCCGACGGCACGAUCGUCACCACGGUCACCACCGUCCAGUCCCGGCCCCGGACCGACGGCAAGAUGGACUCCCCAUCCCGCUCUCCGUCCAAGGUGGAAGUGACGGAGAAGGCCACGACGGUCCUGAGCGAGAGCGGCGGGCCCGGCAACGCCUCCCCCAGCAGCAGCCGAGGAAGCCCCCUCUCCAACGGGCUGGACCCCGUGGCGGAGACGGCCAUCCGCCAGCUGACGGAGCCCAGCGGGCGGGGGGCGAAGAAGACGCCCACCAAGCGCAGCACCCUCAUCAUAUCCGGCGUCUCCAAGGUGCCCCUGGCGCAGGAUGAGUUGGCCCUGUCCCUGGGCUACGCCGCAUCCCUGGAGGCCCCCCUGCGGGGGGAGGCGGGCCCAGGCCGCCGCCCCUGCCCGCCCCCCCCCCAGGCCGAGUCCCCCGCACUGGACGGGGCGGGGAGCCCGGGCGGGCGGGAGGCGGACGAGACCACGCGGUCGGAUAUCUCGGAGCGGCCGUCCGUAGAGGACGUGGAGUCGGAGACGGGCUCCACCGGGACCCUGGACACCCGCAGCCUCAAGGAUCAUAAAGUGGGUUUCCUGCGCAGCGGCACGAAGGUGAUCUUCCGCCGGCGGCACCGGUCCCGGGAGGCGGGGCUGAGCCAAUCCCACGACGACCUGUCCAACGCGGCCGGCCCCGGGGGCCGCAAGAAGGCCGGCGGCUUCUCCCGACGCCUCAUCAAGCGCUUCUCCUUCAAGACGAAGCCCAAGGCCGACGACAGCCCGAGCCCCCGGCUCUGAGGGACCCCCGGCCUCGGGGCGGAGCGGGCCGUGCCCUCUUCGGCCCGCCGGGACCCGGUCCCGUGGAGAACUCAGGGAGGGGAUUGCCGUCCGGGGAGAGGGGAUGGAUGCCAUGGGAGGGCAGUUCCAGGCCUGGCACAGGGACCCACCCGCCGCCUUCCCCUCGGGUCCCCAGGCCCGGGGGUGAGCAGCCUCCCCAUCCCCGCCGCUAUUUAUUCUAUUUAUACAGGGAGGCCCCGUUGGCCUCCUCUCGAUCCCCCAGCAAACCCCCGGUGUCCUGCGGAGGGAAGUUGGGGGAGAGGCCGAAGCACCUGAGGCUCCCCCCUUUCUCCCCCGCCGGUCACCCAUCUCUCCUCAGACCUCACUCUGGGCCUCCGCAUCCCGAAUGCCCCCUUUAUUACCGUUUUGUACUUGACGCCUUUCCCCCGGGCAGCCGCUGCAGCCGAAGGAAGGAACCGGGGAGGGCAAGACAGCAGGAUCGGCCCCCCCCCGGACGCGUCGGAAGCGAAGCCUGGGACUCUAAUUUAUUGAAAUAAAUCGCAACUGGAGUCGGA